AUGUCAUUUGAAACCCCAACGCGUCUCCAUCCUAGGGCUCCUUCGACAACGCUGAGCUCUGCGAAACCGAAUUGCAGCAUGCACGAUGAUCGCGAGAUUUUCGAGAGCGCCUUGCAAUUCGACUCCGAGAAACAGGACUUUUUGCGUCAGGACAUUGCAGUCAGUAACUGUUCCAUUUCGUACCCGGGCUUGUGCUACCGAUUCAGUGUCGAAAUACAACUCAAGUCUGCAAGCUACAAUGCAACGCCGAGGGCCGAAAGAAGCAAGUCUGGUUUGGAUGGCAGAUUGUGCAAGUUCAGCCACCUGAACUUUCUAGAGCGCUUCAAGACACCCCUGCGCUGCCCAGCCCUUGGUAUUUAUGACGAACCGCUUGGUGUAGGCGAUAUGCCGCAUGGUGCAGCCGCCCUAGGUUGCAUGCAGACGCAGCCAAGUUCCGGCAUCAAAUACGACUACCGCAACAAACUUGGAAGUUGGGGAGUCGAUAUCAUCGAUCGUUCACCCAAGAGCUCUCCCACAUGUUCAUCGAAAACUGAAAUGACUCUUACCUCCCCUUUCUGGGGCAUUAUGUUACACUCCGAGUUACCAUUUGUUCCUCCCGUUGAUGCAGCAAGAUUCAACUUGAUGCCUCGGGAGUUGAACCGAAUAGACCAUGUCGACGUGGGAUCUGAAGCAUUCAAUCUUGUCAAUAUUUUCAUCUUCACUGUUAACAUAGCUUUGUCCAGAGUACCUGCUAGUCUCCAUCGCGAAACGUCCACGAAGCCCUCACGAAGCCCUCACGAAGCCCUAGCCAUCUGCACUGCUGACAGACGACAUCUAGCCACCGAUUCGCUCGUUGCCAGAAACAGCAAGGAACAUGAAAGCUCUUCCAUGGCUCAAAGCUCAUGCCUCUCAUUCGCUCAUGCAGAAGGCAUCAGGAAUCUGUGGGACGACAUCGACUAUGCUGCUGAGAGGUUCUUAAUGGAGCAACGACACCCAGGACAUACCAAUGCUACUGUUACCACACUUGAAUCACUUCUUUAUCAAGUGAUCGAUGUUCAAAACAGGGACAUAGCAUCUACCCUUUCCAAAUGGGGUUCCGCAGAGGUGUGGCUUCAGGCCCAUGGUUACAUACUAAAGCUUCUGCAACGACCUAAGCACGAUGCCAUCGAAGCCAGCACGCUACCCCUCAAUUCAUGUUGCAGCGACUGCUGCGCUGCUGUGCUUAAUCACCUCAACUCCAACUGGCCAGAGAGUUGUCGCCAAAGCGCUCAGACCUCGGGGGCUUCGAAGAUUCCUGAGGGGGCUAGCAAGUCCAGCCGCUCUCUAAGCUACCGGCGUAUGAGAUUCAAGGCGGGAAGACGGGACAGGAGAAGGCAACCUCGUAUUACCAUUGCCAAGGAACCUCUCGAGUCUCGGCCAAAGACCUCUGGGUGUCUCGGCAAACUAGACUGGAGAGCUCAUCUCUAUUCUGUCCGCAGCGCACGAGUCUGCCUUGGCCACCUGUUGUGGGCCUUGUACCAUCCAUGGCUGCAGUCAUUUCCCCUCCCACGCGUUGUUAAUGAUGACAGACGGUCUGUCUACUUUGACGACGAGAAACCACCUAUGAAGAUCAAUGACAGUGCCUAUGGUGACAUUGCUAUUCGCACCACAAAUCAAAAUCAUGCGGAAAGCGCCAAACUCCAUUUAGAAACCAAGGAAUAA